GCGCAGUGAAUGCGAACGCCUCGAAAUCCUUUGAAUGAUGCGCGGUAGACUGGGAGCGAUCCGCGGGGUCGAUUGAAAGGCGUUCUGACGUAGUCCCGGACAGCUCUUUUUGCCAGAACGACAUGGAACCAAGCUCGGUGCCACAACUCUACAGGCAACACUGCAAUCGACAUUAACUGGCAAAUCCUGCGCCCACGGACUUGGAAACAUAGAAAAAGGACCAUACGUGCUACGAGCACACGCACUCGAACAAAUACUCGACCGCCCAGCAUGCUCCCAGCCGCACGACGGCUGCUAUGGCUUCCACGCCAGUCCUCACGAGCAUUUGCAACGCGCGCGCCUCCACCGGGACCCCGCGGCCGCGUACCAAAACACACGCCGCCCCAGCGAAGAGACAGCGCGCGCACACCCGCACAGCGACAUGGACGGCCCAUCCCUCAAGGCCAGGAGCCGCCGCAAGAUGCAUCCAGCACCGGCGCAAACGAGCCAUCCCGAGUCGACGCCGUAUCCAACGCCCUGGCAGCCACGCCCGACUCGCAAAAUCCCCUCGUCACACCCGUGCACAUGCCCGAAGACCCGCACGCGGUGCUCAAGCAGACGCACCCGGCGAUGCGUAUCCUCGACAACUCGGCCAUUGUCAUCCAGCGCCAGCUCGAGAUGAUGAAUGUGCUGAUGGGCUUUGAGCAGGCGAACCGCUAUGUCAUUAUGGAUCCACACGGAAACCACAUUGGCUAUCUUGCCGAGCGCGACCACGGCCUGGGCAGCGCGGUCGCACGGCAGAUGUUUAAGACUCACCGCAGCUUCACAACUCACGUCUUCGAUCGCGAAGAGAAGGAAGUCCUGCGCUUUCACAGGCCCUUCAGCUGGAUCAACUCGCGCAUCCGCGUCUAUGAUGCUGUAGGCGCAGGCGGCGGCGCAUACACAAGCUCUGCAGAGCUACAAGGCACCAGCACAGCCAGCAUCGUGAAUCAGACGAGUGCACAAAUCAGCAAUUCGCCUCUAGGCGACAUGCGCAUCAUCGGCGCUACAGAGCAGGAGUGGGCGCCUCUACGCAGAAAAUACAACAUGUACCUCGCCCGCAAUCUCACAGACGCCGCUCCUGGCACUCCUCAAAUCGCGCCGGGCAACCUCCCGCUUUCUGACAGCAAGGCCAUGACUGUAGCAGAAGGCGACAAUAGGGAGGUGGGCAUGCUGCAGUUUGCUCGUGUCGACGAGCGCUUCCUGUCCUGGGACUUCAGUCUCAUGUCCGAAGACGGCCGGCUACUUGGCUCCGUGAACCGUAACUUCGGUGGCUUCGCGCGAGAAGUCUUCACAGACACGGGUGUCUACGCACUGCGCAUGGACGCCGCAGCCCUUGCACAGGAGCCAACCCAUAUGGUGAGCCAGACAGGGCAGGCAGAUGUCGGGUCAGGCAUGUCACUAGAUCAGCGCGCUGUCAUGCUCGCCACCGCUGUCAGCGUCGACUUCGACUACUUCAGUCGCCACAGCGGCUCUGGUGGCAUGAUGUGGCCGAUGUGGAUGCCAUGGUUUGGUGGCGCUGGGGAAGCCGGUGGUGCUGCCGCGGGCGGUGCCGCAGCCGGUGAGGCAGGAGCAGCAGGCGCAGGCACUGCUGUUGGGGCAGCAGGCGAGUCAGGGGUUUUGGGUGAAGCUGCUGCCGGUGCUCGAGGUCUUGGUGCGGCUGAGGGUGCGGCGACCGGCGCAGCGACAAUGGCUGGCUACGAGGCUAUGCAAAGGGGGAGGGGGUCACAGGCUGAUGAUCAGUCACCACAAGCCAACGAUCCGUAUCAGUCGCCAGCCGAUCAGCAGCAGGGUACGCAGGGCGAUGGGGAUAUCUGGGGUCAGAGUGGAGACCCUUGGGCAGAUCAGCGAGGGCAAAACCAGGAGCAGGAUUUCUGGGGCGGAGGCAAUGGAGGCGGCGACAGCGGGGGCGACUCAGGCGACUCAGGAUGGGACGACUGGUUCUGAGGCCUGCGCCUGUAUUGUACCUGUACCGAUAUUUGCAUUGCAUAGCACACAUAUCUAUUCGUAAUCAAGCUUUGUUUAGCGAAGCCUCCAGG